UUCUUUCUUGAAGAAAUAAAAACAAUGGCUGCUGCUGCUGCUCCUUCUUCCUUGGGAAUGAUCUGCUUUGCUUCAUUGAUAUGCUUUUUCGCUUUCGCGAAUGCAAAAAUCCCUGGAAUUUACACUAGUGGCCCUUGGGAAUCUGCCCAUGCUACUUUCUAUGGUGGCAGCGAUGCUUCAGAAACUAUGGGCGGUGCAUGUGGGUACGGGAAUCUCUACAGCCAAGGCUACGGAGUGAACACAGCAGCACUAAGCACGGCGCUAUUCAACAAUGGGCUCAGCUGCGGCGCUUGCUUUGAGAUUAAGUGUACGGACGACCCGAGAUGGUGUAAAGUCGGCAACCCUUCCAUUUUCAUCACCGCCACUAACUUUUGCCCUCCUAAUUUCGCUCUCCCCAGUGACAAUGGCGGAUGGUGCAACCCUCCUCGCCCUCACUUCGACCUUGCCAUGCCAAUGUUCCUCCAGAUCGCCGAGUACCGUGCCGGUAUUGUCCCCGUUCCUUCCGCCGGUGAAGUGCCUUGCCGAAAGCAUGGUGGAAUCAGAUUCACAGUCAACGGAUUCCGUUAUUUCAACUUGGUUUUGGUGACCAACGUUGCGGGUGCAGGGGAUAUCGUGAGGGUAAGCAUCAAAGGCACCAACACCGGUUGGUUGAGCAUGAGCCGUAAUUGGGGUCAGAACUGGCAGUCCAACGCCGUUUUGGUAGGCCAGCAACUGUCGUUUAGGGUCACCGGCAGUGACAGAAGGACCUCCACAUCCUGGAACGUGGCACCAGCUAAUUGGCAGUUCGGCCAAACUUUCACCGGAAAGAAUUUCCACGUUUGAAACGAAAAUCACAAAUCACAGUACCUCUCCCUUCAAAAUUUACUAUUCUAUAUAUAUAU